AUUUGAGGAGUUCGAAGCUGGGGCGUUGCCGCGGCCGUGGUCUGGGAAAGUCGACUGGACGUCAACUGAAGCAUCUCCACCACCACCUUAUUACUGCUAUCACUAGCAUCGCAAGCUCACUGCGAGCCAUUGAACCGCCGGAGAAGAGGCCACAUCCAGCGGCGAACCUCCUCCUCUUUGUCCUUCGUCGCUGUCAAUCCUGCGAAUCUAUCCAUCCCCGCUCCCUGACCUUCUGAGCAACCAAAAGCAAGCGGCAGUCCCACAAACAACAAUGGCGAUGACGUUGUUCCGACUCGCUGGGCGCAAUGCCAAGCGCCAUUGUAUGCGCCAGAGCGCCCCCAUCGCUAACAACCUCAACUCGACUCGCGCCUUUUCUGCCUCCGCUCUCAGACGGUAUGCCGAGCCCAGCUACGAGGGCCAAGGAACCCGUCUGGUCCCUACCGGCGACGACUUUGCGCCCAACGACGAUCUGUACGGCUUGGAGGCCUUGAAGGCAGACGGUGCCCCGAGAGCGCCUCCCCAGGAUCAUAUCCUGGCCCGCAAGGUGCGGCACUACACGGUCAACUUCGGUCCCCAGCAUCCGGCCGCUCACGGUGUGUUGCGCCUGAUUCUCGAGCUAAAGGGUGAAGAGAUUGUCCGUGCCGACCCCCACGUUGGCCUGCUGCAUCGCGGCACCGAGAAGCUGUGCGAGUAUAGGACCUACCUUCAGGCGCUCCCUUACUUUGACCGUCUUGACUACGUCUCCAUGAUGACCAACGAGCAAUGUUUCGCUCUGGCCGUUGAGAAGCUGCUCAACGUUGAGAUCCCCGAGCGUGCCAAGUGGAUUCGUACAAUGUUCGCUGAGAUUACCCGUAUUCUCAACCAUCUCAUGUCUGUUCUGUCUCACGCCAUGGACGUCGGCGCUCUCACGCCUUUCUUGUGGGGUUUUGAGGAAAGAGAGAAAUUGAUGGAAUUCUACGAGCGAGUCUCUGGUGCCCGUCUCCAUGCUGCCUACGUCCGCCCCGGAGGUGUCCACCAAGAUAUCCCUCUCGGCCUGCUCGAUGACAUUUACAUGUGGGCCACGCAGUUUGGCGACCGCAUCGACGAAACCGAGGAGAUGCUUACGGACAACCGCAUCUGGAUAGACCGCCUGCGCGGCAUCGGCGUAGUCUCUGCUGCCGACGCCCUGAACCUGUCCUUCACGGGCGUCAUGCUCCGCGGUUCCGGCGUGCCAUGGGACAUCCGUAAGAGCCAGCCGUACGACGCCUACGACCAAGUCGAGUUCGACGUUCCCGUUGGCAUCAACGGCGACUGCUACGACCGGUACCUGUGCCGCAUGGAGGAGCUCCGUCAGUCACUCCGUAUCAUCCACCAGUGCCUUAACAAGAUGCCCGCUGGUCCCGUCCGUGUCGAAGACUACAAGAUCUCCCCGCCGCCCCGCUCCGCCAUGAAGGAGAACAUGGAGGCCCUCAUCCACCACUUCUUGCUGUACACCAAGGGCUAUGCCGUCCCGCCCGGUGACACCUACUCGGCCAUCGAGGCCCCUAAGGGCGAAAUGGGCGUCUAUGUCGUCAGUGAUGGUUCCGAGAGGCCGUAUCGUGUGCACAUCCGCGCUCCCGGCUUUGCUCAUCUGGGUGGCUUUGACCACUUGUCGAGGGGCCACAUGUUGGCUGAUGCUGUGGCCGUUAUCGGCACAAUGGAUUUGGUGUUUGGUGAGGUCGAUCGGUAAUGUUGAAGCUCUCCGGCUGCAAACUUUGUGACAUGGAACGCAACGCAUGGGAUAUAUUUUUUGAUGAAUGAAGCACAGCAACUGCAGAUAUUGAAAUGAGCGGAUAAGCAGGCCGCGCGCGAUGUUUUACCUUUAAAGAACGCCUAAAGGAGAAACAGUACUUUGGGUUUUGCUGAUAAAGGUGGGACGUUUUGACUUCUUCUCUUAUCCCCUGGCAAAACGGAACAGGAAACAUAGAUAGAUGCAGACUAGACCAGCAACAGAAGAAGAAUAGCCAUUUCAGUCG